CUUCGCGGCGGGCAGGUUUGAGUGCCGGAUUUACGGUUCUGCGCUGUGCUCUACGAGCCGACGAUAACUUCAAAGACGAUUUGUCAGACAUGCCGCACCCCGGCAGCAGCUCUGGCAAGGGGAAGGAGAUCGCCUCCCUCUACGAAGAUGCGCGCGACAGCGGCCAGUGGCCGCCAUACCCACCUCCGGGGGAGACUGAACUGGAGAAGGCACUCAGAUUGGAGGAUGAGAGGGAGGCAAGGCGCGUGUCGGACGCGAUCGACCAAGCACUCGAGCUCGAACUGCAAUCUACACGGAGGAAGCGGAAGGAAGAGACGCGGCUGCUCCUGCUAGGGCAGUCGGAGUCCGGGAAGUCAACAAUGCUCAAGAACUUCCAGCUGCAUUUUACCCCGCGAGCAUUCCGCGCAGAGGGCGAUGCCUGGCGCGCGGUGAUCCACCUCAACCUCGUCCGGUCCGUCAACUACAUCAUCGAUCUCCUUAGCCAUACAGCGGACGCGCAGCUAUCCCACUCUAAUUCGACGACGUACCGCCCCCACGGCGACGUAUCCCUGCACUCGCAAGGGAGUGCAAGCCCGACGGCUGCGACGUUCGGGCAAGCGCAUCCGCACCACCGCGCAUCGCAGAAGCCACAGCCAUCGAGCGAGAUCCGGCGUUUCAAGCUCGCGCUCUCGCCGCUGAGACAGGUCGAGAUGAUCCUCGCCAAACAGCUGUCGGUGCACGAGCGUGAGAUCCAUGAUCCUUCGAACACUAUUUCGAGCGGGCGACCGUCGGAGGUCACGGUGCGAGGCGGGCGAGCAUGGGUGUCGCUGCUGAAGCGUAAGCCUCAGGACAAGGCGCAAACCCAAUACGACCAGGACCAUGCGGAGGCGCUCGAAAACGCCAGGCAGAUUCUCGAUGCGUGUCGAGCGGAUAUUGUGGCGUUGUGGGCGAGUGAGGGCGUGCAGGCAGGCUUGACAGAGGAAGGGGUCGUGCUGAGGGAGCAGUCCGGAUUCUUCUUGGACCAAGCGGAACGAAUAGCAAGCAUGAGUUACGAGCCCACGUUUGAUGACAUUCUGCGUGCGCGGCUACAGACGGUCGGAGUGGAGGAGCACCAGUUAGUGAUGGAGACGGCGGCCGAAAACGGUCAACAGUGGAUAUUCUAUGAUGUUGGUGGCGCCCGAGGUCAACGGGCGUCAUGGCUACCAUACUUCGAGGAUGUGAACGCCAUCAUCUUCAUGUGUUCUACGGCCGGUUUCAACGAGGUCCUUCUGGAGGACCGCGCCGUCAAUCGUCUGCUGGACUCGUUCAACCUCUGGAAGACGAUCUGCUCGAGUCGACUACUCAGUUCGAUCCAAUUCAUCCUGCUGCUCAACAAAACCGACAUCCUAGAAGCAAGACUCCAAGCGGGCGUGCAGUUCUCAAGUUAUGUGAAGAGCUACCGAGGUGAGAACGACCUCAUGUCCGUCACAGAUUAUCUUCGAAAAAAAUUCAUCGCUAUGCACCACCAUCACUCGCCGGAACCGCGGCAAUUGCAUGUACAUACGACCUGUGCAAUUAACAUUGACAUGACUUCCGCGGUACUCAUGCGAAUACGAGACGCGAUCCUCGUAACAUACCUCAUGGCCACCGACAUGCUAUAGGGUCCACAGGUAGCGGAUGAUGAUGCCAGGAGAUGCUGCACAUGCAACAUACCACAACAGGCACAUUGUAAU